AUGCUUAAUGUUUUAAUGAGGAUGUUUAUAUUCAGAGGUUGAAGCACAACUCAUGUUUCACUGAAUGGAUCUCUUGAAGGUACAGAGUAAGAAACAACAGAAAAAUUAAUAGAAUAAACUUGUUGUGCAAAAUGAGAAAAGCUCACGUUCACUUGCACCCACCAUUAAAAUCACACGUAGGUUUUUCAGGAAGUGGUGAAAACUCCCCUGUAGUCCAUCUGAACACUUGAGAAAUGCUGUAAAAGCUCUCUAACACCUCAACUGAGUAACAACAGAAAUGUUCUGUGAGAUGAACCACUGGAUAUUGUGGCUGUCUCUAUGCCAUAUUUCACACAUGAGAGGAGAAAGCCUGUGCAAAAGUGAACUUUUACUAAGCAGUAACAUUUCUACUGAGCUCCAGUCUGAUGUCCUGCUGCCGUGUAACUUUAAUCCAACUCUCCUCGGAUCAGAUAAGACUGCAGAUAUAGCAGUAGUGUGGAGUCAGAGGAACACAACAAUACACCAUCUAGUGGAGAUCACGCUACAGGGAAAUGUGUUGUUUUGGGAUACUAAAGGUGGACGUAUCAAGACGUUCGCUAAGCUCUCUGAAUCAGGAAACUUCUCCAUCCUCCUUCAGAAAGUGCAGCCGUAUGAUCUGGGUCUCUACCACUGUGAGCUGUUUAACGGGACCGGCUGCAGAAUUGCGUAUCAGGAGCUUCACCUAAGUAAGUUGUAUAUUGGCAUGCUGCUGUAUGCUACUGAUUCAUGAUCUUCUGGAUACAGUGAAUAUACAUUUCUGUUCACAUUUCUGUAUUUUUUUUUUUUAGACAGAUGGACGAGCAUGAAUAUAGUGGUAUCUCUACCUAUAUGGCCCUUUAUAGCAGCAGGAGGAGGAGCUGUUGCUCUCACCCUUCUUGUGGUUUUAAUCUGUUUAAUAAAGUGCGCUUGUUCCAAUGCAUCAAAUAAUCACAUCUAUGCAAACUCAAGAUUUGAAAAAAGAAAUGACAAAGAGCGCGGUGAAGAGAAACACAGCAGCAAUCAGCAUGCAGCUAAGGCUAGAAAUAAGGUUGAUGUCAACAAGCCUCCAAACCACAGCAACAUCUACGCCAACAGCCACAUGGAAGCUGAAACGAUUUAUGCCAACCAGCCACACUGUAACUAACUAUGAGGUUGUAAAUGGAAAUGUAAUUUAUACAGUAUUCAAUGUGUACAGUACUCUGAAUGUUCUUGCACCCUCCCAUUAUUUAUGCAGAGAUUCUUGUACAGAUUCCACAGUCUAGUGGAAAGCCUUCCCAGAAGAGUGGAGGUUAUUAUAACAGUAAAGGGGGAAUAAAUCUGUAAUGGGAUGUUCAACACACAAUUGUGGGUGUGAUGGUCAGGUGUCCACAUACUUUUGCCCAUAUAGUGCAUAUACUUCAUGUUAAGGUUUGUAGAUGAGAACCAUUUUCUACUUCAUCAGUAAUAAUUAUGUUUCUCUCUCUCUCUCUCUCUCUCUCUCUCUCUCUCUCUCUCUCUCUCUCUCUACUAUCCAUCCACUCAUACCCCUAUCUAUUCAGAGCAUAACAACAUAGAAAGACAACAGUUUAAAUGAAUCAAUACAACAAUUGAUUAAUCAUAAAUGUAUUAUUAGAGAAAAAGGACAAACAACUGGUGUGCAAAAGUAAUUCAUAUUUUUAAACUGGUGAGGUGAUUUGCCUGUAACUCUGAUAGUUUGGAAAUUGUCCUUCCCUACAUCAUCACUUGUGACUUAACAGUAGGCCUCUUAAGAUUCUGAACACAGUAGGUCACAUAUUGAUCGUAGCAGAGUCAAUGGUAUCGUCAAAUAUCGAAUCAUUGCCUUAUAAUUGAAAUUGUAUUGUAUCGUGUGUAAGCCUGAGGUUUACACCCCUACUAUCCUUCCAGCUAUCCAAGUCCCCAUAAUUCCAUUCCCAUUGCUUUUACUUGAACAUAUUUUCAAUAGCAUGGGGUCAAAAUUGAAAUUGAAAUUCGAAUAAAACAUUUAAAUCAAAGUUUAUCACAUAAAGAAGUCAAUAUGCAGUUUUGAAUCAUUUGAAACUUUUACAUGCUUAAUAUUAGCAAACCAGUGUCUUCAAAAACAUGUUAAAUACUGUAAAGUGAAAUCUCUGAUAUCAUUUCUUUAGUGCCAUAUUUUAUCUUCAGCCUGUUUAUCAAUCAGGUAAAUAAGAUUUCAGCACACAUUACGACAUCAUGCCGUAACCAUGCACCUGCUACAGACUCAAUGCUCUUUGGCCUCUGACCCAAGAAUUACUGUCCUGUCCCCAUAUGGUAAACUCACUUGAUGGAGACGAGCUGAUGAAGUAAAACAUGAUAGGAGCUGAUGCUGUACUAGAAAAGAAUUUUUAUGUGAUUGUACUGUCUUGGAUUGUAUUUGAUUUUUGUUCCACUUCAUUCAAGAACUACAAACGUGAAUACUGUUUACUGAUUUAGUUGUGAUAGGCUCCAUGUGAUUUGGUCUAUCAUUAUUGAAGGUUACAUCGAGAAACUAUUUUAGAUUAUUUUGUGUGUCUUUGCACCCUGUUUGCCCUGUCUUACCAUGCCCUGAUGAAACAUUAAGGCUAGUGACAGGCUGCCAGACAGCAAAUACAUUCUAAAAUUAGACCCCUUACAUGGGGAACCAAGCUCUCCAUCUCCAUUACUCUCCCUUCCCCCUUCUCCUUCCACUGCUAAAUGACCUGGGGGCCAAGAAGGCAAAGAAAGAGCCUGAUCUUAGCACUCUCUGCUCACAUACCCGCUGGCGGGUCAAGGAAAGACACAUACACCAUCUACACACAGUUCUGUGGGUUUGCGCUGUGAUGGAAUCGAGUACAGGAAGUGGUUCAGGUGAGAAUGGCACUGGCGUGCUGGCACAGUUUGAACGAGCUCUGCGCCUUGUUGUACGUGAGAUCCACGUCGACGUCGCUACUUUCAAACGAAACGUAGAGCAGCGCCUGGAGGAGGCUUGUAAAGGUGCCAAACCCCUAGAGAACAUGGUUUCAAGGCUCCAGGAGGAAAACCAGCAGCUGAAGGAGAAGCUAGAGGCUCUUUCCCAAAUGGUAGACACACUACCUUGGAUAGUGAGCCAGUCAAGUUACCAUCCAAAUCCUGAUCUCCAAGUUCAAGCUCAGAUCCAAGCUGAGAGAUGUAGCCCAGGAACUGCAUCUUCCAUGGAGGAAGAAGAAACCUGUGAUCCAGCUGGAGUAUACUUACUCGGUGGAUCUGUGUGUGUGGACUCAGAGUCUACUUCCUCCAGCAGCUCCCCUUCUGCAUCCAUGGUCAGCACCAUUAACAUAGAUGCAAGUUAUGAGUCUAAUGUGUUAAGCAAAGAGGAAAAGGAGGUAGAAGAAGAAGAAGAAGAAGAAGAAAAAGAAGAAGGUAAAGACCCCUUAACUUCAGCUGGACUGGAGAAUAAACCUGAAAAAGAACAAGAAGUAGCAUCGCUGGUCAGUAAACAACAUGCACUCUCUGACUCUCUGACCAUCACAUCUUCUCAAAUACAUCCAAACACAGACCCUAGACCUGAAAGUCCUUUAGGAAGUGAAUACUCUGGAGUCUCUGGAUAUUCUGGAUACUCCGUAUCACAGGAUGUGAUGUCAUCAUUAUCCAGUCAGCAUGUGACAUCUGUGGCCAUGACUACAAGACAGCGUCCACUGACAGCUACGAGCAGAGCAAGAGAUCUGGCAGUUCAGAAGUCCAAGACUACAGAGACCCAGGAAAUGAAGUCAUCAAACAAUAGCCAAACCAUGUCCAUGGUUUUAAUGGAAACAACCCAGAAAUCUGGAGUUGCUGAAGGUUUUUCAUUAAGCCCUACGUCUCCAAGGCCUUGGAGGAUACAACGUAGCCCACCCUCCAUUCUUACCAAACUCAUACCACCACCGCCUCAAUUUAGCCAUUCAGCUAUUGAAAUCUCCACACCAGAGCCAAACACAGAAUCCCAGCAUGAAUCUGAGGAGGGUCAGGAAGUUAUGACACCAGACAUCCAUAACUCUACAACUCAUCAGUUUCAUCAGUUGCCCCCUGAAAAAGUCUCACCAAAGACAGUUGCAGAAAAGUCUUCCUUUCAGAAUGAUAUUACUUUGGAGACACAGGAAUUGUCGUCGAUGAUCAGCAAUCUGGAAGCCACAGGAAAACCAAAUCUAAUGGCCAAUGCAGACACCAACCUAACAACUCCCAAAACCAUGCAAUUAACCAAUCAAAAUGCUGAUCUGCCUUUCAGCAAAUCAGCUUCAGAUACAGCUACAUCUGCAAAGAACCUUCAUGUGGCUCCUUUGCCUAUAUCAAAUAAUAUCAGUGCCACAAGGAAAUCCUCAGAGUCUACUUUUAGAACUGAACGCUUACUGUCAUCACAAGUUCUCCGGUCAACGAUCAAUGUUCAAUCAAGCUUGGGAUCCAUGACAGAACCCCAGCAACCAGUCAGCAUUAUGAACAUACCUCUAAGCCCUAAAUCUCUCAGAUCAACCAACCAAAUUCCUGCUCCAUUUAAACUACCAUGUACACCCGAGGCAACUGAAUCGCCAUUUAAAGCUUCAACAGUUGGCAAAGCUUCAGAAUCCAGUGCAUCUCUAUACAACCACCAUGCAGCCCCAUUCUCGGUGGCAUCUCCAAUAUCUGCUUGUUCUACAGGACAUUUACAGCCCUCCCUCAGAGAUGAUCAUUCUCCAGCAACCAGUUCAAUUCAACAUGCAGAUCCACUUAGUACACCAACACCAAACCAACCUACGAGUGGUUCAACUGUUCCUGUGAGCCCCAAACCUCUGAGGUCAUCCAACCAAAGACCUACACCAUUCAAGUCUCCAUCUACACCAAUUCCGGCAAUCAGAUCACACCACAGAAUUGUCCAUGCGGAAAAAAUGUCAUCAACCAGCAGUCUUUACGAGAAACAAGCAACUGUGAUUGAAUCUCAGGAACCUGUCCAAUCUGCAACAUCAAAUUUAAAUGUUCACAUGAGCCCCAAAUCUAAGGUUAAACCAACCAGGUUUAACCUAGAUGAGUGUUCUUCCACCAAACGGAACCUCACACCAUCUCCUACUACAAUGAAGAAACCGGUGUUAGCCGUACCAUCACCAGUGUCUGAUUACUUCUCUUGCCCAGACAAAAUAGAUUCACCUGACAGUAAUGGAGGUCAAGAGUCUUCCAGCAAAGUGACUCCUCACUCUCCUGUCCCCUCAUUCACACAAAAAAGUCCACAGCCUUGCAAAAGACUGACAAACCACAACCUUGCACAAAAUCACGAUAGCAGUCUUAUCAGUUCUCAGUCUGUUGUUCACCUAAACUCUGCUGAGACAUCUAGUAUAACCUCAGAGAUCAACCAAACCCAAUAUCCAGUUCAGUUCCAACAGGAAAUGAGGUCAACAGGGGACAGUUUCUCCCAUCCUCAGCUGUCCAUUGGUUCUCUAAGCAGACGUGCAGAUUCGCCAUCUGGAAGUGAGUACUCUGGCUACUCAUCAGUGUAUUCAUCCGUGUCUCAGGAAGUGAGGUCUUCAGUAAACAGUCAGCAUGUGACUUCUGCCCAGCCUAUUGCAAACUCUAUAACUUGCAUGAGCCCUAGACGUCAAAGAAAACCAGCCAAUCACAACACAGAGAAGUUGUUUACGUCAUCACAGAUAGAGGCCUCCACAGAAUCACGAGAAGGGAAGUCACGUAGUCUGUCCCGUGUCUUCUCACAGCCUCAGCUCUCCAUAAGUUCUCUAGCUAGACGAGCAGAAUCACCUACUGAUAGUGAGUAUUCUGGAUACUCCUCAGUUUAUUCCUCAGUGUCACAGGAAGUGCGAUCAGUUGUAGAUGCAUCCACAACCUCUGCAAUGCCCCAAGCACCUGUCACUUCUAUGAUUCGUAUGAGCCCUAAGCCUGUCAGGAGAUCAGCCAAUCCCAGCUCUUCUCUCCCUAACCCUUCCCCUCCACUAAAGUCAAAAGUGUUUGGCCAAUCAACAUUGAGUACUAAAUCAUAUCCCCCAAUGACUGAGCUUUCUACUACGUCUGGGAUGUCCCAGGAUGUGAAGUCGUCUCUCAGCAGUCAAUAUCCAGCCAUCUCAUCACCACAGCUGUCUGGUACACGCAAUAACCAAAUCCCACGAAGCCCCAAGUCCAUCAGCAGGUCUAGCAACAUUUCACAGCUUAACACUACACCACAUUUUAACCCAUCGUUUUUCAGCCAAUCAGCAUCUGACUCAACAGUUUCGAAACCAUCAACUAUCAUGGACCCUCCCAUCAGACCUGUGUCAGCAGUCAAGCCGUGGACCUCGAGCCAGAAGAUAACUACAAGUUCUCCUGGUUAUCCAGACAAGACUUCCAGCACGUUUUCUAAGCCAGCUCAUUUCUCUGAUUCCAAACCAGUCAAUGACAACUUCAUCAAGAAAUCUGACAGUGUGAAUGGUAAAGAGAGUUUGGCAGGAUCACAAACACUGCAGAGAAACUUCCAGAGCAAGCAGGCCUUGUUUCAGGGAAUGAAUUCUGAACCUAGCAGUGAUAAGAGCGUGGAGUCGAGACCUAAACUGAGACGAUCUCAGAGCUUCAAUACGUCCAGCGCCAGCGGCAUUAAACAGCUCCUGCUGGAGUGGUGCCGCUCCAAAACCAUCGGCUACCAGCACAUAGAUAUCCAUAACUUCUCCUCCAGCUGGUCUGAUGGAAUGGCCUUCUGUGCUUUGGUGCACUCCUUCUUCCCUAAUGAGUUUGACUACAAUGAGCUGAAUCCUGCACACCAUAAACAUAACCUCGAUUUAGCCUUCUCCACCGCUGAGGAGAAGGCAGACUGCAUUCGGCUGAUCGAGGUGGACGACAUGAUGGCGAUGGGGUCCAACCCUGACCCCAUGUGUGUGUUUACAUAUGUGCAGUCCCUUUAUAACCACCUCAGGAGAUUUGAGUGAUCGCUUCCUACACGAGGCAUCAUUUCUCUCCGUUCUCAUUAGGGUUACAGGCUUGUGUUUGUAUUUCUUAUUUGUUACUUCUGCCAUUUUGAAAAUAUUUUUGCUCAGUUAGGUACCAAGCAGGUUUGGUAAGGAGUAUAAAAUAUGUCAGGGCAGAUCAUAUAACACAGAGUAUAACAGAACAUCACAGUGUGUUUUAUUCUUCUGAUAUCACAGCAAUCUGCUAAUAAUUACAAUUUUACAUUUUUAUAAAGAACGACACAUCAUACUUUUUACCUGUUUAUUGUUAGAUUUAAUGUUUUGGAAAGUCCACGUAAGAAGUUCCUGUUAUCACUUACAGAUCCUUCUGAAAGUAUUGGAACAGCUAGGCCAAUUCUAUUAUUUUUGCUAUAUUUUGAAGACAUUUGGGUUUGAGAUCAAAAGAAGAAUAUGAGAUGAUGGAUCAGAAUUUCAGCUUUCAUUUCCUCAUAUUUACAUCUUAACACACGGCACCUUUGGUGGCAGACCACCCAUUUUUAGGUGAGUAAAAGUAAAAAUAGUCUUAAAUAAAUUACAACCUGUAAUUACGCACAACCUGAUCCAUAUGUGGUUGUUAGUACACCAGUGGUUUCUUUCUUUUUCAGGACAUUCCAAAUUGUUGUAUUGGUUAUGCCCAAUGCUUGUGAAAUAGUUCUGAUUGAUUUUCCCUCUUUUCUCAGCUUCAAAAUGGCUUGCUUUUCUCUCAUAGACAGCUCUCUGGUCUUCAUGAUGGUUUAUCCUAUUUUACCAAAAAUUGCAGUCUUCACAGGUGAAACCUAGGGCUCAAACCAACAGCAGACAUUCAGAGCUAUUAAUUCUUUCAACAAUCAAUUUAACAGGGCACACCUGGGCAGCAAGAAACACCAGUCACGUGUUCCAAUAUUUUUGACCACUUGAAAAAAUGUGUGGGUUCAAACAAAAAGUGCCAUGUUCCAAGUUCUUUAACACAUCUAGAUGUAAAUACGAGGAAAUGAAAGCUGAUGUUCUGAUCCGUCGUCUCAUGUUCAUCUUUUGAUCUCAAACCCAAAUGUCUUCAAUGUAUAACAAAAACAAUAGAAUUGGCCCUGCUGUUCUAAUACUUUUGAAGGGAGCUGUAUGUUUUAGCAGUUAUAAAUAGUUAUUCCCUCACCAGCCUUGCUUUUCUCUCUCUCUUGAAGACAAAAAAUCUACAUAAAGCAUAAAUUCCCCUGUGUGGAAAACUUAUUUACAUUGUAGACUCCUUUCAUUAAUGUUAAUGAAAGGUCUCUUUAUGGAAAUAUUCACCAUAUAAACAAUUAUACAUUUUUAUUUCUUAACAUACAUAGUUAAAGAAUAAUUCAUUUAUAUUAUUAGCAUUCGAUUAUGUAGAUUGUCCUCCAUACAAGUCACUAUGUAAGUUGUUACUAUAGAAACGGUAACGUAUUAGAACAAGAGCGUUAAUAAUAACCUGUGAUUAGAAUUGUUGUUAUAGAAAACUUUUAACUUAGAACAACACCUUUUGACCUUAUUCAAGAAUUCAACAACACUGUGGUAUAAAAGUAAACAGUCAUGUAUUCUAUGUAUACUUGUCUUUGUAAUAGCAAGUAAAUGUUACAUCAUUAGAGAUGAUAUUGAAUGUAUAUCUUAGGAAGAUACGUCUUGAAUGAUAUGUCCUCUUGUAUGAUGCCAGCAUGGAACAGCAUAGUGUGGCUUAGAUGAUAUUAUACAGCUGGACUGAUGACAUAAUGUGUUAUAAAACUUUGCCAAAUUAUUAAGUCUUAUCUGCUUUAUAACGUACUUUUUUUCACAUUAUAUGUGCUGUUAUGUAUAUUUGGACAAAGCAGCUUUAUAAGUGAGAUAAACACGUGGACACAACUCGUGUGUCGUAACGUUGCAUUUGAUGUCACUUAUUACAAUAGCACUGAUAGUGCUGAGCUUUGAACCAUCUUCGUGCCACCUAUGCUGUUUUAUGUUAACACUCUUUGACACUGGACAGAAUUGUGAGAAUGUGAUAAAGAGGGAGCCCCUGACAUGAAAAAAGGAAAGUGUGUGUGUGUGUGUGUAUUCGAGGGAGAGGUUCAUCACAUUGUGAGGAAGAGGGAAAUUAUCAGUGGCUACAGGGGUUUUUGAAGAAAGCCGU